GCCUAGACACCGACCACCUCGACGGCUACGAGCAGCGCGGCGCCCAGCAGCAGUAUAUGCAGUACCUCCGCGGUCACUUCGAGUGGCUACUGUUUCCUCUACGCCUACUCUUCCUGCACCACCUCCUGGACCAGAGGAUGGCGCCCAAGCAGAGAGCGUCGUGGCGACUCCCGCUGGACUCCACCCAGGGCUCGAAGGGCUCUGGCACCGCCUCCAGCGCCGCGCCAGGCCAGAAGGCGACAAAGGUGAGCGGGGGGGACAACGGCGAGAGGGACACGAAGACCGACCAGCCCGGACGCCGCGGGCGCCGUGGCACUCACAACCCCAAGGCCUGGAGCAGCAAGGAUAAGAACGUGCUGGAUCUGCUUCGGUCGACCCUGAAGCUGCUGCUCCAGACGACGCACAAGACCAGGCUGAACUGCAGCAUCAACGCGGACACCUACACGAUGAGCAACGAGCACCCAGUGAUCAUGGCCAUCACGCAGGAGCUCGAGGGCUACAAGCGCACCUUGGACCCCCUCAGGAAGAGCGGCGCCCCAGAGGACAAGCAACGCUUGCAGGAGAUAGGGUCGCCAGCUCCGUCCCUCGCGCUGGCGGCCUUGGAGGGAUUGCACAAGUGCGACGUGGGCGGUGCCAUGAAGGGUGCCAUUCGGAACUACUUGCUCCGAACGGAGCCCGAGGACAUGGAGGCGGAGGCGGAGAUCAGCAAGGAAUAUCUCCUCGACGUCAUCUCCUUCGUGCGCCUGGAGAAGUGCUACGACGACGCCAAGACGAAGCUGGUGAUAGGCGCGCCCACGUGGGAGGGCCGAGUCUUGAUCAGCCGCGCCCUCGAGGCCGAGGGCCAAGCGGUCCACCACAGAGGCGUGGCCCCAGCGGGCUGGCUCGAGGAGGAGGUCGGCCACUGGUUGGAGACGCUCGAGCAGUGA